AUGGCUACAACAGCAGAACCACGUCCAACCUUCACCCCGGCCCUAAAACCUCCGCCGGGAGUGAUCUCUAACCCAGAAAACCCGGCGUCUCUGGCAUACGAGAGCAGGCUUACGAUUGGUAUCGCAGUACCUUUAGUAACCAUUGCAUUUGCUGCUCGAGCAUAUGUGCGAAUCAUAAUAAAACGAUCAUGGAUAUUUGAGGACUGGAUUGCUUUUGUAGCAUGGGCCGGUACCGUUGCCUAUUGUGGUAUCAUGGGUGCCACAAUGUCGAAUCAUGGUGGUCAACAUGCCUGGGAUAUUACCGCACAACAAGCCCAUGAUGCUGCAUAUUGGUUCAAUGUCGCCUCCAUUGAAUAUGGGGUUAUGAUAUGCAUCACAAAACUGGCAAUUUUGUGGCUUUAUCGACGUUUCUUCUCACCCAUCCGAUGGAGUUUAUUUGACAUCCUCAUUGUUUCUUUAAUCGUUAUUUUGAUUGGCUUUUAUGGCAUCACAUCCUUUGUCAAGAUUUUCGAGUGCUCGCCACGGGCAAAAAUUUUCGACAAGUCGAUUCCUGGAACCUGUACCGAUGUUUCGCGACUGCUCAACACAAGCGGCAUGUUCAAUACAAUUACCGACUAUCUCAUUCUCUUGCUUCCAGUUCAUGCCGUAUGGAAGCUGCAGCUGACCCCAAUCAAAAAGCUGUACAUAGUGCUCAUCUUUACGUUCGGACUCUGCGCUCCUGUAUUCAGCACCAUCGGGUUCAUCGUUCGGCUCAGAAUCAGUGGGAAUCCUGACACUACAUGGAACCAGCCGGAAAUCCUCCUCUGGGGGGCCGCAGAACUUACUAGCGGCAACCUGGUCGUCUGCGCCCCCGAGGUUGGAACAUUGCUGAGCAGACGAGCUCGCCGCCGCAAUCCGAGGAGACCGACAACCAGCAUUCUGGAGGCAUCGGCGGCUCGGGUCGCAGAGGAGCGAGCUUCUCACCGCAAGAAGGAUUUGGAUUCGCGCUAUUACGAGCUAGAAGAAGGCAACAUGUACGAUGCACGCGUCAGCCCGACUGGGAGCGAGGCGAGAAUCUACCGACCGGAGACUGGUGCGGUGCAAGUGCGGCAUGAAAUUACAGUCAUGUCAGAGAGACCGUGA